AUGCCUAUCGAUCCUUUAGGAUAUGCGCUCCUAAUCCCAGCAAACCGGGACUUCUUGAAGACGCUAGGGAGAAUACGAGUUGCGCCCCAUAACAGUGAACAUUACAACCUUCCAUUCGAAGUGCUCCUCUCUUUCUGCCGGAACAAUUUACCUCCUCCGCGGACUACGUGCGUCUACAAAACAAGAAACAUUCUUCUGUCGAAACCGUGGCUGUUUUCAUCAGUGAAUAACCUAGGCCGUAGCUUUCAUAUGCAAUCUCUACCUGUAGAGCUGAUCAAGCCUCGGCCAAACCCACGCACUAGGCCGCAUCAUCCCAGCAUCCACGAAAUCCUUACGGAGGGGCUCCAGGUGGAGAUCUUUGAUUACCUCUUACACACGGAUCACUUGUCCCUAUCGCUGAUGUGUCGCAUCUUCCGUAUUGUGAAACCACGGCACCUCCCCGUUGUUAACUUCAAUGGCCAUGCUCAAUGA